GCAGGCCGGGAUCAGCCUUUAAGAUGGCGUCUCCUCAGGGGGGCCAGAUUGCGAUCGCGAUGAGGCUUCGGAACCAGCUCCAGUCAGUGUACAAGAUGGACCCACUACGAAACGAGGAGGAGGUUCGAGUGAAGAUCAAAGAUCUGAAUGAGCACAUAGUUUGCUGCCUGUGCGCCGGCUACUUCGUGGAUGCCACCACCAUCACCGAGUGUCUUCAUACCUUCUGCAAAAGUUGUAUCGUGAAGUACCUCCAAACCAGCAAGUACUGCCCCAUGUGCAACAUCAAGAUCCACGAGACACAGCCACUGCUAAAUCUCAAGCUGGACCGGGUCAUGCAGGACAUCGUGUACAAGCUAGUGCCUGGCUUGCAAGACAGUGAGGAGAAACGGAUUCGAGAAUUCUACCAAUCCCGAGGCUUGGACCGGGUCACCCAGCCUAGUGGAGAAGAGCCAGCCCUGAGUAACCUUGGCCUCCCCUUCAGCAGCUUCGACCACUCGAAAGCCCACUACUAUCGCUACGAUGAGCAACUGAGUCUAUGCCUGGAGCGGCUGAGUUCUGGCAAAGACAAGAAUAAAAGCGUCCUGCAGAACAAGUAUGUUCGAUGUUCUGUUAGAGCUGAGGUACGUCAUCUCCGGAGGGUCCUGUGUCACCGCUUGAUGCUAAAUCCUCAGCAUGUGCAGCUCCUUUUUGACAAUGAAGUUCUCCCUGAUCACAUGACAAUGAAGCAGAUAUGGCUGUCCCGCUGGUUCGGCAAGGUAAGCCAGGACCCAGCCAGGUCCCAGGCAGUACCCAGAGAAAGGGUGGGCUGAGGGGCCCUUUGGAUAAGAACACUCCCCACUGAAUACUUCUUCCCCUUGUUCUCCCCUUAGCCAUCCCCUUUGCUUUUACAAUACAGUGUGAAAGAGAAGAGGAGGUAGGGGUGAAACCCCACCCCAUUCCAGUCCCCUUCCUUCCCCAGAUAUUUAUGUGAAAUUAACUGCAUCUUUAUUUUUUAAAAUAAAAACUUUUAAAAAGCA